GCCAGCAUGCAGCUGGCCUGCACAUACGAACGCCAGAGCACUUUUUUCUAUAGAACAUUAGCGGACAAGUAACUAUUGUAACGCAGCAUCGCGUAGACUACACGAACUUUUUCCUUCUUGUUGAACGACGACGGAUUUCUCCUUUGAGCACACAGCAUCCAUAUUAACUUUCAAGAAGGGCUACUUUGACUCACCUGCUUAAGCUUCUAUAAAGAACACAUCGUUCUGAAUUUGCGUUUCUUGGACCGUUAUGCAUCACCCAAGCAGUGCCUUGGUGAAGUUCAAGUGAAGUGAGACUAUUUCGUUCUGUAACGCGUACUCGUAUACUUUUUAGGAAAGAAAAUGCCAAGUGACUGCUUUCGGAAUAAGACAUUUGAAAGGACGAAAUGCAUCUAAACAUGAGUGAGAACAACUCCCCAGUGGACGACAGGGAACGAGACAGGCUUCCGCCUAUUUUUAAUCAUGGUUUGGAGCGUGGAUCCAAGCAGCCGUGUGCCUCUUAUGGAAACUUCUUCUCCUCCGUGAGUCAAAGGAGAGAAGCAGCCGGCCACGGGCUGUCUCUGCCGAUCAUCCUACCUGCCAUUAGACACGUGAGAGAACUCCCUCCGAUCUGUACGGGCGUCAAACAGAAGCACCGCAUCUCCCUGGACAUUCUGCCCCCUGAAGUUAAAGCCCGCUUCGCCUGCGACCCCAUCAUCCCCCUGCGCACCAAAACUACCAAAGACUUUCAGGAAGACAUAGAGAAGGCCACCCUCUCAGGUGACUGGAGGCACAUCCAUGAUUUUUACUUGACCACGUUCGACUCCUUUUUGGAACUCAACGCAGCCUUUAAGAAAGAGGCGAACGCUCCAUUUAACACAACCGAAGACUCAGGAAUUAACACCAAAUUUGUCAACGCUGUUUACGACGCCAUACUCCAUACACCUCCAGAAACGCAGAAGGCCGUAUUAAAAGGCAUCAUUAAUAGCUUAUUGAAGGAAUGGAAAGGGCCGCGGACAAAAGACGACCUGCGGGCCUAUUUUCUUUUUCCACAGAACCCACAGUACACCAGCACAGCUACGUACGUCAUCUUCGCACACUUACUGAGAAAGAUCAGCAGCCUUGCAGAAGCCGACCACCAUUUCCUUCUGCACUGGUUUAAGAAGCUCUCUCCGAAGCGCUUCAAGCAGCUGGUGGAGCGGCUGCAGCUCUUCAUCAGCACGCGGCUCUUCCCCGCCCGGCCCGAGGAGCUGCCGCCCAUGACCAAGUGCUCGUGGUGGAUCCCCGCCGCCACCAAGGUCCUCUCCCUGCUCAACGCUGCCAACAGCAUCGCCACUCCCCCCAUCCUCCCUUUUACCGACUUUUACAACCUCACGCUGGACCACACCGACUUUAUGGAGGACUAUCGCACCUGGCAGACCCACGGCAACUCCAACCGGUUCUCCUUCUGCCAGUUCCCCUUCAUCCUCUCUGCUGUGGUCAAGAAAGGCAUCCUCCAGAGGGACUCCGAGCAACAGAUGAUCAGCAUGGCCAGGCAAACGCUGGUGGAUAAGGUCUCUCGCAGACAGCGUGUGGACAUGAGUCUGCUCUUCCUCAACAUUAAAGUCAGACGCCUGCAGCUGGUCAGCGACUCUCUGGAUGAGCUCGCAAGAAAGCGGGCGGACCUGAAAAAAAAGCUGAAAGUGACGUUUGUUGGCGAGGCGGGCCUGGACAUGGGCGGCUUGACAAAGGAGUGGUUUCUCCUCCUGAUUCGACAGAUUUUUCACACAGACUACGGCAUGUUUAGGUACGUCAAGGAGUCCCAGUAUCACUGGUUCAGCAACUGGAACUGUGACAACUGCUCCGAGUUUCGCCUGGUCGGAUCCCUGAUGGGUUUGGCCUUGUACAACAGCAUCACGCUGGACAUCCGUUUCCCUCCCUGCGUCUACAAGAAGCUGCUGACCCCUCCCAUUGUGCCUUGCGACCCCGACGCCCCCGUGGGCAUGGCCUCACUCACCCUGGACGACCUGCAGCAGAUCAUGCCGGAUCUUGCUCAUGGUCUGGCAGAACUUCUGAGCUAUGAAGGCAACGUGGAAGAGGAUUUCUACACCACUUUUCAGGUUUUCCAGGAAGAGAUGGGUGUCAUCAAGGCGUAUAAUCUCAAACCUGGCGGCGAUAAGAUUCCUGUGACCAACGUGAAUAGAAAAGAGUACGUCCAGCUUUACAUUGACUUCCUGCUGAAUAAGUCCAUUGAGAAGCCCUUCGCUGCCUUCUACCAUGGAUUCCACAGUGUGUGUGCCUCUGACGCCAUCAUGCUGCUGCGACCGGAGGAGGUGGAGGUGUUGGUGUGUGGAAGCCCCCAUCUGGACAUGGUGUCGCUGCAGAGGGUGGCCCAGUACGAGGGCUACAGCAAGACUGACCCCACCAUCCGAGCAUUCUGGGAUGUGGUUCUGGCGUUCCCUUUGGAGCUGCAGAAACGCCUCCUCCACUUCUGCACAGGAAGUGACCGCGUCCCUGUGGGAGGCAUGGCCGACCUCAACUUCAAGAUCACCAAGCACGACGUCUCAACCGACUGGCUGCCAGUGUCCCAUACCUGUUUCAACCAGAUCUGCCUACCUCCCUACAAAAGCAAGAAAGAACUGCGACAAAAAUUAACCAUUGCCAUCUCCAAUGCUGAGGGCUUUGGCCUGGAGUGAAUUAGAAGUUCAUAGAAGGUCAACAUCAGAAGAUCUCCAGGCACUUCUUUUAAGUCAAUAAACACUAAUAGGUGCGACACAUUUAGUCCUCUUUGAAGGAUAAUGUGUGGUAUGUCCCAGAGGAGACUGAAAGAAUCCCACAUCUCCACAUUCACAACUUUUAUACUAGAGUUUAUUUAAGAGGGUUUUUUUAUUAUUUGUUUUCUGACCUCUGUAAAACCCACAUUUCUCUAGGAGGACAUCAUCGAGCACCAUUGUUUCUGUUACAAAUUGCGUGAUGUAAGAAGUGAUACCUUGAUUUGCUUACAUUUUUAAACCAAGCAAGAAAAUAUCCCCCAAAAAUGUAUUAUCUAACACCUGACAUUUACGGCAGAUAGUGUUGGUUACGUAACAAGUAAACGGAGACUGUUCACACACUGAGGUGCUGUCACUUGUACAGUCAAGGCUCGCAUGGAAUCUGGGUCAGUAGAGGGUUGGUCGGGGUAAAAAAUAACUUUGCUAACAAUCGGUCAGCCUAAAGCUGGCUGUGUCUCUUAAAGGGACACGGCACAUUUUCACUACGCACCUUUGAUCAGCCUUACCUAUAGGCUGGUGUUGGCUAUCGGACACAUACCUUGCCCUUUAAAUGUCACAGUCUGUGUUGUCUUGUUCAUUUGAGCAAAUGAAGAAAUUCAAAGCAUUUUUUUGUGUGUUAUUAAGUGUUAUUAAUGGACCAAGAGAUUUCAUUGCUUUUUGCCUGCUCUUGUUGUACUUGAAGUUGACGACCUUUUAGGUCUUUAAGCCUGAAGGGAUUUUGUAUUUGUUUUUUUUGUGAUACUGUGCUUGUCCUGUGUUUCGCUACGUGAAGUGGGAUCUGCCAGUGGCUUUUGUUGAGAGUAACGCGCUGCCGCCACAACUUCCACACUCCGCUGUCUGACAGAUAAUUCAACCUUGACUGACUGAUCGUCUGUCUGAUCCCUCAACUCAAACAGGUGGUCAGAAAGGUCUGCGGAGUUUUUACAACGACCUUGUUCUGACCUUACUUCAUGUGUCAGGUUCCCCUUCGAGUGUAGUGCUGUGAGUCACUACAGCUCACAGCCACAUGGUACUUCAGUGGAGAUGUGCGCAGUACACACACCAAGGCCAUGAUAGCUCCAGACUUCUAUAAUGAUAACUAUUGAUAACUAGCCUCGGCUUUGCACAUAUCGUUAGCUGACCUCAAGGACCCUUUGUUCCAGCGCCGUGCCUAUAGAUUAUCUUUGGUUCCGUGUCACCGUGGCAACAGAACGCCACACAAACUCUGUGCCCAACAAAAAGAGGCCUUGUCGAGAUGGCCAGGCUCGACGCAGAAGACUGAAUACCGUUGUAUUUGCCAUGUAUUUAUUUUGACGUGAACGCCUUUUAAAACGUGCUGAAUAAAAGUGCUUUGCGGUGCAAAGGAGUCUUGA